AUGAGAGUCUACACAUGCCAUUUUUGCUCGUCGCCAGUUUACCCCUUACACGGGAUUAUGUUUGUUAGAAACGAUGCCAAGGAGUUCAGAUUCUGUCGUUCAAAGUGCCACAAGGCUUUCAAGCAACGUCGUAACCCACGUAAAUUGAAAUGGACCAAGGCCUUUAGAAAGGCUGCUGGUAAGGAAUUGGUUGUUGAUUCCACCUUGACCUUUGCUGCUAGAAGAAACGUUCCGGUUAGAUAUAAUAGAGAUCUUGUUGCCACUACGUUGAAGGCAAUGUCCAGAGUUGAAGAGAUCAGACAGAGAAGAGAAAGAGCCUUCUACAAGAACAGAAUGAGAGGCAACAAGGACAAGCAAAUCAUUGCUGACAAGAAGUUGGUUGCAGAGAAUGAAGUUCUUUUGAAGAUGAGAGAAGUCGAAUUGAGAAGAAAGGCCGAAAGAUUGGCUGCUAAGGAAAGCGCCAUGGACUUGGAAGAUGACGAAGACAUGCUCAGCGAAGAAGAAGAUAUAGAAAGUGACAUGGAAGCCGAGUCUGAUUCUGAAGUAGAAUCCACCAAGCAAAAGGUUUUGUUAAAGAACAAACCAAAGAAGAAGAAGGUUGUUGUGUAA